GAGAAGAGUCACAGUGUUCUUCCCGUAUGCCGACCAAUUCAUCGAAGAGACACCGGUCUCGAUCGCGUUGGUCAAACCCAUGGGCUGCACCACAUCGAAGCUUCACCUGGCAGAGGUGGGCCAGGAGUCUUGGAGCUCCUGGGAUCUCCGUUGUGCCACGAGCAUGCCAAGUCCUCCAACACGCCGAAGUCAUGACAAACAUGUUCAGAUCAUGACGACCUUUGUGAAAGCGGUGGAUCGAUCACCCCAGAGGUUUGCCAAGAUGAUCCAUCGCCAACGGGAAGCAGCAGGAAUGCAUGACUCCGACAACGAGAUAGAAGUGAGCGUGUCUGUGUAGAGUUUGGUAAGAGGACGCGGUGUUUGAACGUGGACUUUUGUGAGAUGUAGGCACCAAGCCCGAAGGUCUCCCUGCUUAGUCAGUGUUUAAGGACUUGGGGUUGACUGUGUGAACUUAUGUGAACUUUCCUUGCGGCUCCAAGGGAGCAGGUGCAAGUGCACAUUUGACUAGAGGCUUUCCCAUGCGUAGUACGUUCUUUGCAUGCUCGUUCGGACGGCAUUGGUCCAUACGACCGGAAGGGGUGUCUUGGAGCUAUGAG